AUGGAGUCGCUCACAGACACUCCAUGGGACGUAACUAUAUCAGGAACUGGGCUGGCCCAGUCUCUCCUGGCUCUAGCUCUAUCCCGGUCAGGUAAGAAGGUACUUCACGUGGAUAAGAAUCCAUACUAUGGAGGUGCGGAGACAGCGUUCAGUCUCCAAGAAGCCGAAGAAUGGGUCGAAGAACUGAAACAAGGGUGUGUUCCAGGCAUUGCUGACGACGCCCAUGGGCCAGAACCUGGCAGGGCGCCUUAUGAGGAUGUCUCAGUUCACUCCCCACCGGCCGCACCUGAUUCGCCUACUAAGUUGGCAAAAUCUAGAGCUUAUACACUUUCUCUGUCACCGCAGCUGAUCUACUCUCGAUCAAAACUGCUCCCAACCCUGGUGUCGUCCAAGGUCUACCGCCAGCUGGAGUUCCAGGCUGUGGGAAGUUGGUGGAUAUACCGAUCUUCUGAGACAUCUGUUCUAGACCGCGUGCCAAGUAGCCGCGAGGACGUAUUCAGCGACGACAACAUCUCCUUGAGGUCGAAGAGGUCGUUGAUGAAGCUACUCCGUCAUGUUACUCGAACUCCCCAGGAUGAGGGUGUAGCGAACGAAACGGAGGAUCUUGACUUACCUUUCGCAGAUUACUUGACGUCUAGAUUUAACAUCCCUUCCGAGCUUCAGUAUCCCCUCCUGUCCCUGUCGUUAUCUCAGUCUGCUCCCCAGCAGGCUUCUGCCAGUUAUGUCAUUCCCCGGAUACAAAGGCAUCUCGCCUCUAUUGGCGUCUUUGGCGCCGGUUUUGGCAGUGUUUUGGCAAAGUAUGGCGGCGGUUCUGAGAUUUCGCAGGUAGGCUGUCGUGCACUGGCAGUGGGCGGUGGGGUGUAUGUUCUCAAUAGAGGCAUUCAAUAUAUCGAAGCUCCACAAGAUGCAAAGGGAGAUACUUCGCAACACAGUCGCCUACUAGUGAAAUUAACUGACGGAGAGGAAGUCCGGAGUGCGUUUGUGGUCGGCUCUCGAUGGGACCUUCCUGAAGCCGCUGAUUCAGUGAGCUACCACAAGGUGGCCCGUUCUAUAAACGUGGUCUCUUCCCCUCUUGAGGACCUCUUUCCACCGACAUCGGACGGCGGGCCAAUUCCCGCUGGUGCUGUCGUAUUGAUUCCAGGAAAUGUCCUAUCUAAGAGAGAAGAUGCUCCUCCAGUCUACCUUAUUGUCCACUCGAGUGAGACAGGCGAGUGUCCUGUUGGACAAUGUGUAAUAUACGGUAGUGUGUCCCUGCCAGGUGCAGAAGGACAGGAGAUACUUGAUUCGGCAAUUCAGAGACUUUUGCAGUCGGUGCGUAAUGAAGCUGGCGCCAGCGUACUCUGGUCCUUGCGAUUCACUCAGCUUGGACGGGCCGAUGAUGGCUCAGCUGAUCCCAUUCCCUCCGCUGCCGGUAGGGUCAUCCGCUUCCCACCACCGAGUCUAGACCUUGCAUUUGAUGAUGCCACGAUUGAUGCGGUGCAGAAGGUGUGGAAGAUGGUGCUGGGAGAUGAAGCGCGUGACGAAAGCUUUAUGCAGUUCGAAGACCGGGAAGGAGCCGGGGAUGACGAGAAGUAG